GCAUUUCUGCUGGAGGUGUAAUGGAUAUUAACACCGCUCUCCAAGAAGUGCUCAAGACCGCACUUAUACACGAUGGCCUGGCUCGUGGGAUUCGUGAAGCUGCCAAGGCCCUUGACAAACGCCAAGCCCAUCUUUGUGUACUGGCAUCCAACUGCGAUGAACCAAUGUAUGUGAAGCUGGUUGAGGCACUUUGUGCUGAGCAUCAGAUCAAUCUGAUCAAGGUUGAUGACAGCAAAAAACUUGGUGAAUGGGUCGGCCUCUGUAAAAUUGACAGGGAAGGAAAGCCUCGCAAAGUGGUUGGUUGCAGUUGUGUUGUUGUCAAGGACUAUGGCAAGGAGUCCCAGGCCAAAGAUGUCAUUGAAGAAUAUUUCAAGUCCAAGAAAUAA